AUGGACAACUUGCCUUUUUUUGGUGCUAAUAAUGUUAGUUUUAUAAAUAUUGAUAUGGAUAACAAUGAGACCUUUUCAGAUAUUAUCGAUUAUUCCAAUACAGAAAACAAUAAUAAUAACAAUGAAAGAGUAAUUGACGUGGAUAAUGAUGAGACCUUUUCUGAUAUUAUCGAUUAUUCCAAUAAAGAAAAAAAUAAUAAUAACAAUGAAAGAGUAAUCGAAGCAUAUGAAUCUGAUUUGGAAAGCGAAUAUGAAGAAAGUGCAGGAACUAAGUAUACGUUAACAGAAAAUCAAUCCUUUGGAACUUGGAAAUCUGUUGAUAAACAUAAUACAGAAAAUUCAGAGUUUGCAGGCAUGGAUAAAAACUAUACUAGUCAUGAGAAUAUCUCUCGUCACUGUGGUGUUUGUGGUCAGGUGGGCCAUAAUGCUUGUACGUGUAUAAGUCAGGAUAAAAAUAUCGAUUAUGAAGCUGACGCCGAUAAGAACUUCAAUAACAAUAACAAUAAAAUUAUAGCAAG